AUGAGCCGUGAUGAAACGGAAAUGGUGACGUUACAAGUCCGAAAUUACCAAAGGCAAAUUCUGGAUUGUGGUGAUAUUUGCUGUACUGAUUGUUCGGGGGUGUACCAAAUAACUCCAACACCAGGAAUUUCAUUCAAUGUGUUCUGCGUUCGAGACACAAUCGGAGGUCCUUGGACGGUAAUUCAACGACGUUUUGAUGGCUCCGUCGAUUUUUAUCGAAAUUGGACUGAAUAUAAGCACGGAUUUGGAAAUAUUCUUGGUGAAUACUGGCUGGGUUUAGAUUACAUCUACAGUCUCCUCAGCUUGGGACAAAUGUUAUUUGUGCAGUUAGAGGGAUGGGAUGGUACCACUGGUUAUGCUUGGUACGAGAUUUUUGCUAUAAAGAACGAAACUCAGAAAUACCAACUAACCAUCGGCGGAUUCAAAGGCAACGUUGGGGACAUGUUAAAUAAUCACAACCAGAAGUAUUUCUCCACCUACGAUAACGAUAAUGACAAAGCAGUAUCUCGCGACUGCGCAAAGUUCGCACAUGGAGGAUGGUGGUACCACAACUGUUAUAUGUCCAAUCUAAACGGACUCCUCGUUAGGGAUUUAGGUGAGAACGAACGAAGUUCUAUGAACUGGAAUUAUUUCUACGCAGACAGACGUCAACCACCCCUGAGAAAAAGUACCAUGAUGGUAAAAAGGAAAAACAUGGAGUGA